UUUGAGGCCGAGUCGACCUCGGCGAGGGAGGCCCGGGACCGGUUCAGAUAAUCGGUCCCUGAUGUUGCGGGAUUCGAACUCGUGCAGCCGCGCAGGGUCGCGCCCCCCCGCUCCACCACCGCUCGCCGCAGACAGCAGCUGUUGACACGAGCACUGCCGUUGUGUUCCACGCCGACUAGCUACGCGCAGAAGCCGCGGUCCACUGCCAGCCGAACCAGACAAGACAGCGACGCGACCCCGCGGCACGCAGACAGAAGCGAUGGGCGAGAGCGGGCCGGAGCCCGCGGCGUUGCGCGCCUGGGCUGUGCUUCCGGCGGCGGGGAGCGGUGAGCGCCUGGGCGGCGGCGCCCCCAAGCAGUACCGCGCCGCUCUCGGCCGGCCCCUCAUCGCGCACACGCUUCUCGCCUUCCUCAGCGCGCCGUGGAUCGAGCACGUGGUGAUCGUGGUCGCAGCAGACCACAUGGAGACCAUGAGUUCGUUCCUGGAGCGUGAUGGCCUGACGCGCGAGGGCCGCGUGACGCUCACGCAGGGAGGCACCACGCGCCACCGCUCCAUCAGGGCCGGCCUGCACGCGCUGGCCCGCCGGCCCGGCACGCGGCCGCACGUGGUGAUCUUGCACGACGCCGUGAGGCCCUUCGUGGACGUGGAAACGCUGCUGUCAGUGGCGCAGGCCGGGCGGGAUGUCGGGGUGGGUGGCACUAGUCUCCGGAGUGGUGCGGUGCGACGUGUCGAGGCGGCCGGCGUGGUGCGACCGCUCGUGUCCACGGUGGUGAGCGUCUCGCCGGAUGGCACGCUGGACCACGUGCUCAAGAGGUCGCACUACUGCGCCAGCGAGAUGCCCCAGGCGUUCCGCUUUGACGUCAUCUACGACGCCUACGAGAAGUGCUCGGAAGAGGAGCUGGACGUCGGCACGGAGUGUCUGCACGUGGCUCUGCAGUACGGGGGCACACGCGCUCGCCUGCUGGAUGGCCCCGACAACCUGUGGAAGGUGACUUACAAAAAGGAUCUGUACGCUGCGGAAGCCAUCAUGAAAGAGUCUCUGCACCGUCGCGUCGGCUGGGUGUCCGCAGGGGACGUGCCACUCUCUGACGCCGCCCUGCAGUUUCGCUCCGCCCUGCACGACUCUGUGGUGCUGGUGAAACGGGACGUUGCCGUGGCGACGCACAACGGCCAGGGGACCUCGCUGCUGCUGCAGGAGGAGGAUGAGGAGGAGCACCUCCACAGCUUCGUCUGUGUGCGGUGCCCAGGGAGCGCCCCGCUGGCCCUGCUGCUGCACCGCCUGCUGCAGGCCGUGGAGGCGCCGAGCAUGCGCCUCCGGGAGCCGAGCAUGCGCCUCCGGGAGCCGAGCAUGCGCCUCCGGGAGCCCGUGGCGAUCGUCGCGGUGAGCUUCAGGGACGGCGAGGUGCUCUCUCCUCCCGGGGCCGCGGACGAUGAAUUCCUGGAGCUGCGACGGAUCGCCUCUGAGAGCCGGCAGAGAAAUGUUUUCAUUUACGGGCUGCUGGUAAAUCGUCCGGAGCAGGGUGGCUCUGAUCCAUCAAGCGUGGCACGCCAAGGUGCCGACAUCGUGAUGUCUCUGCUGAGGGAUCGGAGUGCGGCCCUCGCCGGACAGGUCCUGGUGGUGUGAGGAGCGGAGAGAGAGACCGUCGCUUGCGCGGGGACAGCGGCGGGGUCACGACACUGUGAGAACGCGGGACACCGGAGCAAAGACUGGAAGACCACAGGAGUCACGGAGAGAGGAAAAACAUUGGUAUCCCACCGUUUCACAAAUGAUACUUGCAAGCCGGUGCCGCGAGAACACCUUGUGCCACGAAGGGACACUUGCCCCACUGGGUAUUCCCUUGGCUGGUUCGACAGCCUUUGGGAAAUUGACUGGUCGAGAUGACAAGUUAGGCAAGGCACAUCUUUGAGGAAUUUAAAUGCCCUAUAAAUGUAAAUCCACAUUCCUUCAAUGAGUAAAUGCAAAACCAAUCAGAAUGUCUGUGCUUAGUAUCAUGGGUAUGGGAACACGGGAGCCAGUCUUGGGGAAAGCUGCCCCCCAUAAACUUUUGAUGAGGGGUGCCAAAUGCCCUGUGUCCCCCCCCCCCCACAUAGAUAUGCUUCAUGGCCCCCCUUAGCCACCCGACAUCAUAAAGCGAUGUAACAUUGACUUCCAAUGACGAUUCGAUUCGAGAAUCACAUUAACUGCAUUUGUAUCGUAGGGACUUUUAGCGUCUCUAGCGGUCGCAGGAUUUAUGUGAAACGUUCACCACGUGCGACGGGCACGGUUGCACGUGUCGUGAGUGUGACGAUCGUGUUUUAAGUGGUUAAUCGCUGCGUGCCUGCCAGACAUGCGUCCCUGCGAUAGCUUCCCAGCCCCUCUGCACCUCCACAGCCAAACACCUCAACAAUCAUCUCCAUGAGUCUUUGAAUGAUUAUUUUUUUGGCCCACGGAUUGGUGUGCAGCGGAAUGCCUUCCUGCUUGUUCACAGUUGAGGAUUCUCAAGGCCAUCGACGGUAUUUAACUAUUUCACCAUGGGGACCAUGUGCUAAGUGAGUUAGGGGUUUUUUGUUGUUGCGUGUGGUUAAGUCACGUUCACUGAAGUGACUUCAUUGAGAAUAACCAAGUGUUUGAGGGGCAUCUGAGAUAAAAACUUGAUAAUGCACAACAACUCUUUGUCACGAAAGUAAGAUCAAGUGGACGGAAACAAGUGGUUCAUGGCAAUAGCAACUAUGAGGAAUGUAUUUUAAAGUCGACCAACGAUGCUAUCAGAGAUCUUCAUAACAGCAAUAUAAAUGGGGGUUGUCAAGUUGUUCCAGGAUAACCCUCUGCUGACGUUUUACACUAUUUUACCACAGACUGGGCACUAAGUGAAACGUUUUUACAUUUGAAAAGAAUAUUCACUUAAGUAACUACUAUAAAUUUUGAAUAGCUGCGCACACUGGUACACUGCAUUACCUUGGGGCUGAACACCAACUAAUUUUAUUUCUAUAUAUACGCUAGAAAGUCGAAGUCACUGACAUGAUCGUUCACUUUGAAGGCCAAGCAGGGUCGCCAUCUCUCCCCGUUUCACAACUCCUCCAGCUACGUUAUCUCCCCAUCUGGCAGAUCUUCUUCAGCAUCUCCGCAAUGCACCUACACCGAACCAAGCAGGAGUAGCUAGUCCCACCGCCCCCCCCGCCCCCUCCCCCCGGCUUCGAGCGCCCCUUCCACCACUGUAAAUCUCUGUCUCCCACCGCAGAGAGAGAUUUACAGCGACUGACUUUUGUUUGGCAUUGUCCAAUGUCUUCAAAAGUUGGCUCUCAACGGCCGCAAGUGCCCCCCCUCCCCCCCGCCCCUGCGUGUGUCAGACUGCCGUUGGCUCCAUCGCCCAAAGCUCAGCACAGAGAGUUUCACAAUGUGCCGGACGGUUGACCUUUUCUGUAGUUUGUAUCGUGAGCACCAAGGCAUACGUGGUACUGUUUCCGUCUCUUUUAUACCAUCAUCAUCACUGGUAUUAUUACUACUACUACUGUCAGUGCUGUAUAUGCCAAUAGACCCGACUUUGAAUGGUACUUCAUAAUAGGUACUCUGUGGGUAAAUGGUAGAGUUUUGUGUUGAGGUUUUUUUUUUAUGACACUAACAGGGUUCAAUUUGGUGCAUUGUGUAUUAGGCAUGUGGCGAUGCUUCGAUUCGUCGUUUAGCAUCGAUUCCCGCGCUCACCAUACGCUCAUGCAACAAUCGAUGUUUUAUCAAUAUGUAAAAUCACCUGGGGAUAACAUCUUUUAUAUAUGGAACAUCUCGUUUGCAAGUGUGUCCAGGGUGUUAGUUGAAACAUGGCACGCGUGUAAUGACACGAAUACAAACAUCGUUUGCUUUUCGCGAUUUAUGCAAAUUAUGAUCAAUACAUGUACUGUAUGGCCAAUCGCUUACUCCCGCUGCUUUGUUCUAAACGAAUGCACAAGCGAGACACCAAAACAAUGCAAACGAGAUGGUACAAAUUGUACAAGGGGACAUUGAUCCUUGAAUCGAAUUAUGACGAUCAAUCACGAGCGCAACGUAAGGGGUGGUUUUGAGUGGUCGGUGUCAAUGGUUAUAUGCCUAUUAUGCAUCCUCCGCACGAGAUUAGAGCGAGGGUUUCUGGAGGUGGGGUAUGGGCAGCGUGGGUUGUUCUAAGAAAAUCGUUCACACUUGUGCAUGAAAUGUGUCAAAUGAUGCGGAACAUCCACGCCGGCGGGGAAUGCAUGUGAAUGACCGCGCCUUGCCUCUGCCAUACGGAAGCGCAGUGGAUUUGCACUCGGGGGUGAAAAAGAAACUGGGAGCCGUCUGUGAUGAAGUGGGCACUCAGGAAUACAAAACGGCCCGUGACUUGAAUAAAAAUCUUGCUGUCAACAUGGCUUGACUGGCGUAGGAGGUACAUUGCUACCAGUGGGUGUUGAUUCCUAGUCGUUGCAUAUACACUACUGACGCGCACGCGUGCAAAAGCGACUUACGUGCAAAGGGAAGGGCACCGCUGGUUGACUUGGCCAAUUUGCAACGGUGAGCACCUCUCGCUGAAUUGGAGCCAUGUUGCAUGCCGCGUGAACGUUUGAAGAUUAACGCGUCUGUCCCUACUGUACGUUUCUCACUUGAACCCUUGUUUUUGCGUCGUUUGCAUGACACCUCAAUAAAGGUUCUGUUGUUUCCGCCACCA